AUGUCGAUGAAUAGAUUAAUUUCAAUAGUAUUGUGUCACAACAUAGUGACUAGCAGACUGAUAUUCGAUUAUGUAUGUCAGUUGAAUAGACAUCAAAUAGAUUGUAUAUAUUAUCCUCACUAUAGAUUAAAUAACUAUGACUUUCUGAAAGAAGAAUUGGAAUAUGAACAUAUUAGUAUUAAAAGUGCAAUAGAAGUGCUAUACAAAACACCAUACAACAUCAAACACAUAGCAUUAGAGAGAAUAACAGCAUCGAGUGCAAAGAAUAGUAUUCAAUCGUAUCGGUGGUUGGAUGACAUCAGAGAUAAUAUCUAUCUGCAAGCUAGAUUCGGUUUCAAAUCAUCCCUUAUCGAUAGUUUGACUAGAUUGGAACAACAAUAUAGUCAUUAUACAUGGUUUGAUGUAGUAAAUAAUAAUGAUCAACAAGACAGUCGUGAUAGUAAUAAUCAUGAUAAUGAUCAACAACAAGACAGUCGUGAUAAGAAUGCAUGUAUUGGUGAAAAAGUAGAUAUCGUUGAAUACAUCUAUCACAGAUACCAUCAACACCUUCCAGAGGUAGUAAUGUAUAUCUACCAAUCAUCGAUCAUUCACGGACCAUUACGAUCAUUCCUAUUCAUCUAUCAUCUCCAUCCCGAUCAAUCAUACAUCCGAGAGAUAACAAACUAUGCAAGAUUUAUCGAUCAAGAUGUAUUAUUAUAUUGUUUAUCCAAUUUUGGUAUUCCUUUUGUUGGUGAUAAACAUAAACAUUCUAGACAUGACCACCAACCUCCUAAUUGGUAUUAUAAACCACCUAGUUAUGAAAAUGAUAAUAUUACAAUAUCUGAUAUCAUUAAUAAUAAUAAUAAUAAUAAUAGUAAUAAUAAUAAUAAUAAUAAUAAUAAUAAUAAUAAUAAUAAUAAUAAUAAUAAUAAUAAUAAUAAUAAUAAUAAUAAUUAUAAUAAUAAUAAUAAUAGUAAUAAUAAUAAUAAUAAUAAUAAUAAUAAUAAUAAUAAUAAUAAUAAUAAUAAUAAUAAUAAUAAUUAUACUCUAACAUACAAAAACUCUUAUAAUAAUAAUAAUAUUAACAAUUAUAAUAAUCCAGUAUACAACAUUGACACAUAUCGAGUGGAUGUCGUUCAAUAUUUAGAAAGCAUUGGAAAGACAGGUUUUAUAGUCGUCUCUGAUGCAGCAGAACUAAAUAACUUUGAAACACUCAAAUACCUAUAUUCUGUUUAUCAACCCAUGAUCUAUGACAGCACAGACAAGAUUUUUCCAUUUAUAACACUCGAGUGUUUUAAAAUUGUAUUGGAGCCCCAUUUAAUUCAUAAUUUCGGACAUUUGGACAUAUUUACAAAGAAUAUAAUAUCAAGAUCACGGAUAGAUCUAUUAGAAUAUCUCAUCAAUCAAUUUCCAACACUCCCAUUUUAUUUCUAUCUUUGGCAAUCAGUUCAUGCUAAAGAUCACUCAAUGGAGAUUGCGAAACUUUUACUCUCAAAUAUGGAGUAUAAUAAUAAUAAUAAUACUAAUAAUAAAAAAAAUAAUAAAAAUAAUAAUAAUAAUAAUAAUAAUAAUUAUAAUAAUUUUUGGUUCAUUAAAGAUUGGGUUAGGAUUAACUUUAAAGAUAACAACAAAGAAACAAUGAUCUAUUUACUAAAGAAAGCAUUAGAAUACAAAUCAAUUGGAAUAUCAAUAUACAACCAAGAGGAAAAGGAAACCAUCAAUCUAAAAAGGAGCAAUGUUGAUAUUGAAAUGCUAGAAUUAAUUUAUCAAUUAUUUCCUCCUCCAAAAACAACAAUAUAUAUUUCAACAUGCAUCAACUCUGUAGAAAUAUAUCAUUGGUUCAAGAGCCACGACACCUAUUCCGAGUUGAACCUUGGAAGUUUGAAAAACCAAUCACUUAGAUCACACAACAAAGAGAUGAUUGGAUUUUUAUUUGCUCCAGGGACAGAAGUAGAAUGUAAUAGAGAAACUUCAAACCAUUAUUUUGGAGAGUUUGUCAGAGAUAAGCAACCUGUAUUGGACGAUCAAGAUCAAUCAUUUCAAAAAGAUGGAUACAAUAUUUCUACAAACACUUUCAAUACGAUACUUUGA